AUUAAUAUAUUUACUUUCUAUAAAUUGAUUAGCAGUAGUUACAGCUGACAUAAACUCCCAAAUCCUAACUCAAAAGCCCUCAGCUCCGCUGGGAAAGAAUCUCGGCGGCUAAUUCGUAGUUGCGAUUGUCCACAUUUUAUUUGAUUUGGAGAAUCAAACAGCGGUCUUCAAUAUUAAAUUCGUUUGUUCAGUUCCCACAUGCAAAUCUUGCUUGUUUAUAAGUUUAUUGUUGUGAAACGUGCGUGCGAAGACGAGCUGAUCAAUGAUUGUGAUCUGUCAUUUGUGUUGGAUCUUCAUUUCCCCCCUUUUUAAACUUCUACAAAGCUGAGCCUCUUUUUCUCCCUUUUCCUUUCCCAGAUUAUCUGAAUUGUCCCCCCUUUUUUAAAUUUUCUCCGUCGAUGGCUGAGGCUCAUAUUCAAAUAGAAGUGGAAGAUUCGAGAAUUUCACAUGAAAACGCCCCUUUGCUGAAAAAUUCUGAUGAAAACCAGCAAUCAGAGCCGUCAGGUGUUCGAGAAAAUGACAAAGAGACUCUUCUGGACAAGACCCUUCAAAGAUUGGAUCUUUUUAUCACUCUUUUGGGGUAUAAUCAGUCUUCUGUGGGGAGGUUUCUGGUUUCAUGGGGGGUAUUCUUGGUAUUUGGGGUUGUGCUUCCGGUGGUGAUGCUUGAGCUCUCGAAUUGCCCCGGGUGUGAGAAGGGUCAGAUCAAGAGCUUUGAGAUUGGUAUAGUGGUUUCUCAGGCUUCUUUGGCUGCUUCAUCUAUGUUGUGCUUUUCGCAUAAUUUGCGGAAAUAUGGUGUUAGGAAAUUUCUGUUUGUUGAUCGAUACAGCGGGUAUGUGGAGAGGUUCAGUGCGCAGUAUGUGCAGAAGAUCUCAGGUUCUCUACGCUUGCUAGUAGUAUGGGUGAUCCCGUGUUGCCUCUUGAAAACUGCACGUGAAAUCAUCAGAAUUAUGUAUGUUCAUCAUGAGUCGCAGUGGCAGUCUGUUGCGAUUUUAAUUGCUUUCGUAUUGUCAUGGACAUACGUGACCAUUAUCAUUCUUUCAGCCUGUGUCUUGUUCCACCUGGUGUGCAACUUGCAAAUUAUACAUUUUGAAGAUUAUGGGAAACUUUUGGAAAGAGAAUCUGACGUAGUAGCCUUACUGCAAGAGCAUGCUCGCCUACGCUAUUAUCUAUCCAAAAUAAGCCAUAGAUUUAGAAUAUAUCUUCUCCUGCAAUUUGUGAUUGUAACUGCAAGCCACUUUAUGUUUCUAUUCCAGACCACUGGAUACAGUGGGAUAAUCACUUUCAUCAAUGGGGGUGAUUUUGCAGUGACAUCAAUCGUUCAGGUGGCUGUGAUAAUUCUUUGCUUGAAUGCUGCUGCAAAAAUAUCCCACAGAGCCCAAGGCAUCGGGGGACUCGCAAGUAGAUGGCAUGCUUUAGUAACUUGCAGUGUUGAUGAUUCAUCUCAGUUCCGUAAUUCAAAUUACUCGGGAAAUUAUGAGGCUACUGCAGAGAAGUUGGUUUCACUCCAUGUAGACUACUCAGAAAGUGAUUUGGAAUCACUGGAUUUUAUGUCAACACCAACUAAUAUACAGCUGGCUUCGUAUAUGUCUUCUUACCACAAGCGACUGGCACUAGUGAUGUAUUUGCAGUCCAACCCCGGAGGAAUCACAAUUUUCGGAUGGACAGUUGAUCGUGGCAUGAUCAACACGAUCUUCUUCAUCGAGCUAUCACUAGUCACAUUUGUGUUAGGCAAGACCAUAGUCAUCACAUGAGAGUAGCUAGGGCACGGUAAUUGUCUUUUUGCAGCAGCAGUGUCGCCCGAUUCCACAGUUUGCAGUUCUCACCUCAUCUCCAGCCUAUUUUAGGCUGUGAGCAGGCAAGCAACGACCAAGCGUUCGUUUCCAGACUUGCUUCUUUUUCCAACAUUACAGAAAAAUUCCUAUAUAUAGCCCUGGUGAGUCUCAUGCGCUUCUCGCCCUCGAUUUUCUUCGAGUUUUUUGGCCAGUUUGUGCACUCCUUUGCAGCUGGGAGAAAUUGAGGCCAAAAGAGACCUGAAAUUCAUCAGAAGCUAUUCCUUGUUUGUACAAAUUGUUUCAUUUUUGCAGAGAAGAAUUACAGAAAAAGGUUUGCUUACAUCUCCACUCAUUUAGAUUGCUCAUUGUCAUUACUAAAAGGUCUAUAUAAUCUUUCUAUUUUUUCA